AUGCCUUUCUUACUACAAUCAAAGCGGUUAUGUCUCUCUUGUUGUUACCUCUUUACUUCACUUUUCCUAGCCUUGUAUGUAUCAAUCUCUCCAAGCUUUAAAUGCGUCCUACUUCGUGCUGCACCUUAUGAUCCAAUUCAAUCCCCUCUUUUUACUUACCCUUCUUCUUAUGGUGAACACAAACAUGCCUUUCCUACUCUUCGCACAUCCUGUUCUUCCCCUGUUUUUUUCUCAGAUUACCCAUCUGUUUUUACGGAGGUUCAACAAUGUUGUCAAAAUUGGACCAAUUUUUCAUUGAGUUACAAGCAAGGAAAGGCUGGCACAUUUGGUGGGAAUUUAAGCUUAGAGAUAAGGAUUUCUAUCUUGGAUCAAUUACAACAAAAGAUGGAUUUUCCAUGUGGUUUCUUUCAUCCAUAUCCUAUCAAUAUUAAUGAUAAAGCAGAGAUGGAAAAGUGCAAAGACGUGGUAGUAGUUUCAGCUAUAUUUGAUGAUCAUGAUAAAAUCCGGCAACCAAAAAGGCUAGGCUCUAAGACUCUAGAUAUCACUUGUUUCUUCAUGUUUGUAGAUAAUGUUACAUUGAAAGGGCUAAUUGAUCAAAACUUAUUUUCAAAAGAGACAAUUAAAUAUAAGAUUGGUGUAUGGAGGCUACUAAUUGUUUCCACUGAAGGGCUAUAUCCAAAUCCAGCCAUGAAUGGCGUAAUACCAAAGUACUUGGUUCAUAGGCUUUUUCCCAAUGCUAAGUACAGCAUUUGGUUGGAUGGUAAAUUACAACUUGUGGUAGAUCCUUUGCUUUUGAUUCAUUCUCUUGUUAUCAAGGAAGAUGUGGAUAUGGCCAUUUCAAAGCACCCCUUUUUUAUGCAUACCAUGGAAGAAGCUAUGGCCACUACAAGAUGGAAGAAAUGGUUGGAUGUAGAAAAAAUAAGGGUGCAAAUGGAAACUUAUUGUGAGAACGGGUUGCGUCCUUGGUCAUCAACCAAGCUGCCUUACUCAUCAGACGUGCCAGAUACAGCCAUGAUAUUACGGAAGCAUGGAGUUGGAAGCAAUUUGUUUUCAUGCCUAAUGUUCAAUGAGUUAGACGCCUUUAAUCAUAGAGAUCAGCUUGCGUUUGCGUUUGUGAGAGACAAAAUGAAGCCUAAAAUUAAAAUAAAUAUGUUUGAAGUGGAAGUUUUUGAGCAGAUUGUUUUGGAAUAUCGCCACACUUUAAAGCGUAGAGUUUCUAACUCCAUUGCAACCAGUGCAAGUCAACAUAAGAUCGUCAGAGCUCGACGUGAUAUUUCUGAGGAAACGAUGGGUCUUGGCAAGUGUUUUGAUUAUUUUGUAGAGAUGUGGGGUGAAUCUCACUGACAUUUUGAUUAUUUUCCUUCAUUCGUUAAAUUAUUUGAUUCAUUUCUUGUUAAAUAAUGGAAAAAUAUCAAGAUAAUAUCUAUACAAAUUAAGAGUAUAUACAUAGUAGAUGUAUUUAAUCGAUCAAGGAAAUACUUAAAUAGUGUAUAUACAAAAUAUCAAGCUACAUUUGCCUUAUAUUGCAUUUUUAUAAUAUUGUAGUUAUAUAAUGUACUGUUUUUGUUGUUUAUGUGUUGACGAGGAUUUGAGAAAGAAAUCAAUGCAAGAAGAAAGACCCCAAAAUCUAUACAAAUGGGUCAAGUUUUUUUUUUAAAAAAAAAAAAAUGCAGUUCGAAUAAGCUCAGAGUGGACUCAACUUUCACGCAUCUCUUACCAAAGUCAACUUGCCUUUUCUCAUGGUUUUGUAUUAUUUAAUUUUGGUUUUUAUUUUUUUUUUUUGUAUUUUUAUAUGAAGAAUGAUUGGGUUAUUAUUAAGUCUUCUAGCCCUUGUUUAGUUUAUGUU